UUCAAAAUCAAUCAGAUGUGAAUCGUCACAUGCGGAUCCACACAGGAGAGAAACCAUUUUCUUGUAAAACUUGUGGAAAAGGCUUUCAAAAUCAAUCAGAUGUGAAUCGUCACAUGCGGAUCCACACAGGAGAGAAACCAUUUUCUUGUAAGACCUGUGGAAAAGGCUUUCAAUAUAAAUCAGAUAUGAAUCGUCACAUGCGGAUCCACACAGGAGAGAAACCAUUUUCUUGUAAGACCUGUGGAAAAGGCUUUCAAUAUAAAUCAGAUAUGAAUCGUCACAUGCGGAUCCACACAGGAGAGAAACCAUUUUCUUGUAAAAUUUGUGGAAAAUGUUUUAAACAUCAAUCUGAUGUGAAAAAUCACAUGUGGAUCCACACAGGAGAGAAACCAUUUUCUUGUAAAAGUUGUGGAAAACGCUUUCAUCGUCAAUCGCAUAUAAAAUAUCACAUGCUUAUCCACACAGGAGAGAAACCUUUUUCCUGUAAAACUUGUGGAAAACGUUUUAGAUAUCAGUCAUAUAUAAAUCUUCACAUGCGAAUCCACACAGGAGAAAAACCAUUUUCUUGUCAAAUAUGUGGAAAAAGUUUUAACGACAAAAAAUAUGUUAAUUGUCACAUGAAGAUCCACACAGGAGAGAAGCCAUUUUCUUGUAAAACAUGUGGAAAAUGUUUUAACCGAAAUACUCACCUUACUCGUCACAUGAAAGUUCACACAGGCUGAGCUGAUGUUUUUCUGUCACAGGUGGAGAAAAGUUUCACCAAAUGAUCUAGAAGAGGUUUUGCAGCCAGGAGAAGAAUAAAAUAUUCAGAAUGUGGAGAAAAGUUUCAUAUUUAGAUAUAAUUUCUAUCGCAUUGACAGGUCUAAGAAAGAUGGUGUCACUUUUUCCUGUUAAAUCAAAUUGUAACACUUCAGUGKUUUGUCUGUCUAAAUGCAAUCAAAUGUAAUUUUGGGCCUUGAAUGUGGAAAAAGCAAAGUCUCUGCCUAUAACUGUUUUUGGGUGCUUAAGACCUCCUGCCACCAAAGAGUCAUGGUCAUCUUUAAAUCAUCUUUUGGCUAACUUAAAUUAUAAUGAACUCUUAUUUGUGGGAGACUUCCUUUGGGACUGGCUAAAUGCAGUUUUGGAUUAAUUUAAAUCUUUCUGUGACUCUAUUAAUCUUAGCCAGCUGAUUAAUUUACCCACAAGGCCAAAUUUAAAAUAAUAUAAAUUCACCUGAAUUGAUCUGUCUUGUA